AUGGCGGUCCGAUCCAUGAUCCGUUUGCUCGCUCUGUCCGUCUCCAUCUUCGCGCCCAGUGUUCUUGGUGCUUUCGGCUAUAGCUCGUCUGGUGGCAAUUAUAUUGUCGAUGCCGGCUCCGCCAACCCAUUGGUGUUCGCCGUAAGCCAGUCGAAUUGCGACAUCAAAUCCAUCAAAUAUCGUGGAACAGAGCUUCAGUAUGGCAGCACUGGCACCCACAUCGGCUCUGGCUUGGGUUCUGCCACAGUUUCAAUCAGCCAGAUCAGCGGAUCGUCCCGGUACAUCAAGGUGACAUGUGUGACGUCCACCCUGACGCACUAUAUGGUGGUCCGGGAGGGCGAGAGCAUUAUCUACCUGGCGACCUACAUCACUGCCCAGCCUUCGAUAGGGGAGUUGCGGUUCAUCGCCCGUCUGCUACCUGACAAGCUUCCUGGCGAGUACCCCUAUGGCGAGGUCUCAAACACGAACGGCGCUAGUUCGACCGUCGAGGGUUCCGACGUCUUCGUGGUAAAUGGGCAGACACGGUCCAAGUUCUACUCGUCCACACGAUUCAUCGACGAGGACUCUCAUUGCGUGUACGGUGGCAGCGACUUGAUGCACGUUUGUAUUAUGACCCCCCAGCAAGAGUCAUCCUCUGGAGGUCCCUUCUUCCGCGACAUUGACUCCAACAACGCGGGGGCGUCCACCAACCUUUACAACUACAUGAACAGUGGUCAUGUGCAGACCGAGGCAUAUCGCAUGGGGCUACAUGGACCCUACGCCAUGCAGUUCUCGCGCUCCGGGAUCCCAAGCGUCAAGAGCCUCGAUGUUUCUUGGUUUGGAGAGGUGUCUGUCACUGGAUAUGUACCGGCUUCUAACCGCGGAACCGUGCAGGGGACUGCGAGUGGUGUGCAGAGCGGUCUUCAGGGCGUGGUCCAUUGGUACAACAACGCGGCCCAAUAUUGGGCGAAGACGUCGUCCAACGGUGGGUUCACCUCACCGUUGAUGAAGCCGGGCACGUACACGAUGGUUCUUUACCAGACCGAGUUCAAGAUCGCCACCGGCACCGUCACUGUCUCUUCCGGCAAAACGGUCACUCAAAACAUUGCCGGCACUUUCAACACAUCGCGGAAGACGCUGUUCCAAAUUGGCGAGUAUGACGGCCAACCAACCGAAUUCCGCAACGCCGACAAGUUCCUUCGGAUGCACCCGAGCGACAGCCGCAUGGCGAGCUGGGGCCCUCUGACCUACACAGUGGGCAGCUCACAGCUCUCAGAUUUCCCUAUGGCUCUCUUCAACUCGGUUAACAACCCCGUGACGAUCCGCUUCAACCUGGCCAGCGCCCCCGGAGCGGCCACGCUGCGCAUCGCCACGACUCUGAGCUUUGCCGGGAGCCGCCCCCAAGCGGUUGUCAAUAGCUGGAGCGGUCCCAUCCCGUCGGCGCCACCCAAGAUUGACAGCCGCGGUGUGACGCGGGGUGCAUACCGCGGGAACGGCGAGAUCUAUACCGUCAAUAUCCCUGCCGGCACCCUCGUCGCCGGUAGCAACACCAUCACAAUCAGCUCGGUCUCUGGUAGCAGCGGCGCGAUGUUCCUGAGCCCCAACUUUCUUAAGUUUGGUUUGUAG